AUCCAGAGGCAGGAAGACAAUAGUCUCCAGGCCGACGGGUCUAUGCGCUGUGGGCUUUGACCCCACCUUAUUCUCGGGAGCCCCCAUGGGAAAUCGUUUAUUUGAGUUACGCUGUCACACUGUGAUGGUUGCCGUUCUAGGUUUACCACGUGUUGCGUCCACUUUUCCAGAAAAAGCCACAUCUCUAGGUCCCUGUAGUAGUAGCUUGACCGCGGUCUCAGAACAUAUUCUGUCUACGAAAUCAAAAGAGUACCAGCGCGAUACCUUUAUUUUCUCAACGCACUUUACCAGCUCAGCUCCUUGUUGGGUUAAACCAGCGUCUAACACCAGUCAACAGCACGACUUUGCAACUCCUAAAGCCCCAUAGCAAACCCUUCCAUCUCCGUCCCCUAAUGGUAUAAAGCCCAACGGUCCCCCCAUCCCCGCGAACUCGACAGAACCGCUCCCGACAGGAAAUUGCGGCUGGUAUGACUCAGGUUAGGCCCUGCUGGCAA